AUGGCGCCCGUUAAAUUCGGGCUCUUCAAAGCCCGAAGUCGGGACCAUCAGGAGCAACCAUCCACGGAGAACCUACUGCAGAGCAGCAACAGUAGUGACAAUGUUCCCGGCUCACCGAUACCAUCGACAAGUAAAGGAUUGCAGCAAAGCCUUUCGACUAUCAGCAUUUCGAUGCUUAACCUCGACAGUGAUGAGGACGAUAUAAAUUAUGAACUUUUUGAAAGUCAGACAUCAAUAGACGCAGCUUCCACGAGGAUGCUAAACGAUGAGUUCGACCAACUAGAGCACGACGAGCUGGAUGGCAUGCAUCAGCAGCAAGACCUGGAACAGGACCCAGAUGGAACAUCAUGCGACGCAAACUCCUCAGAGUUGGAUGUCACGUCUAUCACUGCGAGUGAGCUGUCGAUAUACUGUGCCUCAUUGAAGAAACCAAAGAAGAGUAGAUCGAAAGAGGAAAGGCAGCUGCGCGAUCUUGGGAUGUGGCAAGCGAGCAACAUUGAGGUUAUGCAGAACCUGCUCAGCAGAAGCGGGACGCUAGACGAACAAAUAAAGUGGGAGGCCAUCGCGACCGCCCGGGGACUUUGCACAUUAACUGACAGCUGCACAUGCCACGACUGCACCACCGCGAAGUACCUCGCCGGCGUCACCGACGGGGACGGAGGCCUGGGCGCUGCGCCCCUUUUUGGUGCGAUCGUCGGUUGCCAGAUACAGUGA